AUGAAAAUGUCAUCAUUAUCUAAAAUCGAUGCCAAUUUACUAUUACAGGACCCAGGGACACAAGAUUCUGAGAAUAUUGUCAAUCUGUUUUUAGGAGAUAACUCCAAUCCAAUUGACUCUUCAGCCAUCAUAGGCGGGAGUGCAUAUUCGAAUACUCUCGAACUGAAUAAUGGUGAAUUAAUUUGCUAUCAUUUAGCUCGCGAUUAUAGAACAAUUACAUUAUACAAUAUGAAUAACAUUGUUACAAAGAGAAUAAUCAACAUAAUGGUUCCAGUAGAAUCAAUGAAUAAGAACUAUACAAUGACUGUGAACAUAUUUGGUACACUAUUAUUAAUUAAUAUGAUCUUGAAGGAUGGUUCUUUCCUCACGAUGAAAAUACCCACAGAUUUUCUUACUUCCAUAAAUAAUGCCCCUACCCUCGGUUCUGACUGGUUCAAACUUCAAACACCAUAUGAUUUCAGUGUCAGAUUACCUCACCUCUUACAUGCGAUUUCAGCAGAGUUUUUGAUGGUUUUCUUGGAAGAUGGCGGUCUUCUAGGUUUAAAAAGCAUUUCUAAUGACCACGAUUUUGAACCGAUCUUAUUCAACGAUAAUUCGUAUCUCCAAAGUCUAACUAGACUGUUUGUUCGAAGAUCCAAUUCCCGGAAUGCAGUAGGUAAGGUUAUAAGCUGCAUAAAUUUCCAACAGAAGUUUCUAAUCGCAUUGACUGAAUCCAUACAUUUAAAAAUUUGGGACUUAUCCAAUUUUGACCUUAUCCAAGACUAUGAUUUAUCACAAACUCUGGAAAUUAACGAUUUCCAAAUCAGAAGUACUGGCGCAGUGGGUAACUAUCUAUCUAUAUUCAACAACUAUUUGGCACUUUAUUUACCAGUCGCUAACGGUACUUUCCAACUCGGUUCCCUUUCAGUUAGUGGCAAGGGACUCUUAGAAUUUCAAUUAAGGAAAACUUUUCCAUCAAGCCUAUCCUCUUCCUCUGUUUGGUUUCUGGCUGAUAUGAAGCUGAUAACACCAAUUGAUCUCAAUCAUGAUUCAAGUUACUUGAACCUUGUGGUACUUUGGAAGAGCGGUACAGUGACAAAACUACAGAUUUUGAAUGUGCUAUAUGAAGAUUUACAGGAAUAUAAAUGGAUUGAGGCAUCUAAUAAAUCAAUUAAUGACCUCAAGUCAGAAGCAGACUCGAUUUCCGUAACACCUAGAACUACUAUUGAUUAUGAAGAUGUUUUAUUUAAAUUGAAAUCCAAAUAUGCUCCACACAUCUUCGAAGCUGCUCAAAACAUCUUAGCUGAAAACAACUUCGUGGUUUCAGCAAAUGAUCUCGACAGUCAAAAUGGAGAAUAUUUGGCCAAUAUGGAAACGCUUUUAAAAGAUUUGAAAAAUAAAACGGAUGAGGCUUCCUCUUUGACAAUAUUCAAGGAUGAAAUCAUAGUGGUCAACUGUUUAACGAAAUACAAUCACUUCCUUUACAAAGUUAAUUCUACCCUGGAAAAUUAUUUUUUCAACAUUCAUAUUAAUAGUUCUACAGACGAAGAAAUGGCCAAAUAUCUGAAACUAUUGAACGGCUUUGCUUCACGUUUACCAAGAGAUGUAUUUACCAGACUCUCAGAAAGCUUUGUAGAUACCAUUACUGGUAAAAUCUCAUCUAACUUAACGAUUUCCGAGAAAUUUACUCAAAUUUUCAGAGAAGUUCUUCAAGGUCAAUUUGACAUCAAAGAUGUACAAAUCCUUUUUAACGAAUUGAGUACAAUCGAUGUAGUUAGUUGCUUAAAUCAUCUCAUUGAUAAUCAUUUGACUUAUACGACGUCAAGUAAUGCAUUCGUUGAUUCAAUUUCUGAGGACAAUUUUAUGAAAAUCAUAUCUAUUGAAAGUCUAAAUCAGCUUAUUACAAUUCAUGAUGACUUCAUUCUACAAGUACUUGUUACAUUCUUACUAUUGGAUGUUAACUACUCUGUUUUGGAAAACCAAAUCAAUAAAUUAUUGGAAUUACAUUACAAACAAUCUUUGUUUCUCAAGCUAUAUCAACAAGAUAAACUAACAUUAGUUGCUGAGAUCUUUAAGCAAAUAUCUAAAUAUCACUUUGGGGCAAAAUUAUAUUCUUAUUCUGAAUGGAAUAGUUUUGUCCAGCGUAUGGUUUCAGAGAUUUACGAAACCAAAAUAACCGCAAACCCAUACUACUGGAAAAUGUUCUAUAAUCAAGUGUUUAUCAAAAAGAAUAAGUUUGAAAACAAGUUGUUCCUAAGAAACAUUGGCAAUGAAUAUUAUCUACGUAAUAAUAGCCUUUUUGAAUUCUUACAGGCUAUAUUAAUCUUUUAUUGCGAGGAAUACGAAGAGUCAUACAAAUUCUUUCAAUUGCACGACAAUUAUUCGAGUAUCAUGGAACCAACUUACGAUUUACCUUUCUUUUUAACUGAUAUGAUUAAUAGCGAGUACAAUGACAAGAGUAUUUGGUGUUCUUUGAUUAAAUCACUCAGUCAUAAGGAUAAUAGUUUGUCGAGGUAUAACUACUAUUUAUCAUGUAUUUUCAGCGAUUAUGGCAGUAGUCCUGAACUAGCUCUAAGAGCUAUCAAAAAAUCGAUUGAGAUUUCGAUGAAAGAAAACAUUGAUCUGGACAUAUCUAGUCUGCAGCAUCAUCAACUAUUAAAAUUGCUAAUUUAUUUCAAUAUCUUUGAUGAGGUCAUAGAUGUGCUAAGAUUGAGUCACAAAUAUCUAAAUCCAGAUGAAAGAAGGGCUUACUUUAAAGAUUUAUUAUACGACGUAACUGAACAUGAAAAGUUUUUCUCCAUCCUCUUGAAACUUUGUGACGACAAUAAACCAGGCUUCUUACCAAUUGAGGAUUAUGAUAUUAUAGAUACUCUAUUGGUGAAUAAUAUGGACAAAAGCAAUUGGCAUAAUUACAAGAAAAUUUACAGCUUCCGUUUGAUAAAUGGAAAUAGAAGAGAAGCUGUUGAAAUAAUCUAUAAUUACUUAUUCACAUAUGGCGAUGAAGUUAGUUUCGAAGUUAAGAAAGAUUGUUUCUUAAUUAUUAUUAAUAUUUUAUCAACAUUCAAAGAGAUAUCUGAGCAGUGGAUCAUCAAUGGGAGUGAAGUGAUAACCUUACAAGAACUGAGAGAUGAAUAUAUUCAUCUGUGA